ACUGCGGAAAGCUACCGUCGCUUGUGCAGGAGAUCGGAGGCGCGGAUGUGGCGUAGCAGAGAACAUGCCGACGUUCAAUCGUGUCGCCUGUUUCUCUCUAUGCCCUCGGUGGAACAUGGUAGCCGAUGAAAACGUCGCCCCCACCGUGGUCGCCCCCUCGCAGCCGUAGCUGCUCGUUGUUGCUGGUCCGACUUCGAGGUGUCCGGACCGGGUGCGCCGGUCGCGUAGCACUCCACGAGCGCAGCAGACGCGAGCUAGGCGAUCGUUCUCCGUGUCGUCUGCUUUCCGGUUUGGAAUCGUGUUUUAAAACAUUGCUCGCGUUAUAAAACUACGCGAUUAUACUGUACCUGGUGGAUACACAACGUUCAAUGGUCAAAGAACCUUGCAGUUCGUUAGAUUUUAGUGUAGGGCGUGUAUUUCGCAGCAGUUCGUUAGAUUUUAGCGCAAAGCGAGAAAUACGAUUCGUCUCAAACUGCGCGUGCAAGGUCGCUUUCCCUCUAAAGGUCGGAUCCAGCAAGGAAAAGAAACGCAAUACCAGCGAUACUCUAUGUAGGUACCAGCAGAGCCUCUGUGUGCCGGUAAAGGCCCCCCUCCGAAUACACGGCCCGGUACGGGUGCCGUCGACGUGCUCGGAUACCGAAACAAGCCAACGAAGCGACCAAGCCAUAUGACCGAGCCAGACCAAGCCACCAAGCCAGUCGUACGUGUAGUGUGUAGUAGCCGAACUGGCCGAACCGCCGAACGCUGGUCCGCUGGUCCGCUGGUCGAACAAAUGCUUCUUUCGCGUCAUAACAAGCUGCGUAAAGGCAUGACUGAACGGGCGUUCGAAAACAACUUCUCCGACUACGACGGCAGCUCGGACGUUUUUCUGCCGGACGGAGAGUUCACGAACAAGUUGGAGCAGGAGAGGCGCGUCCUGGAGCUGGCGGGAGUGCUGGAGAAGGACCUUGUCAAGCGCACCAACCGGAAUGACCUUUCGGUGUACACCGGCACCAAAGGUGUGGAUUAAGGGUUAUCGAGCAUUAGUUCGCAGUUUCUUGUAUUACCAGGAGUGGAUGCAGGUGC